AUGGAGCUUCCCGCCGUCAUCGUCCUCCUGCUAGCUGUGGCCCGGCCCAUCACCGCCCUGCAAGUCACCCCGGGGUCACGGUGUGCAGUGGAAUGUCUCGACUCGCCUGGGGGCAAUGAAUUUAGUGCCUCGGACUCGACUACGACGCCGGACGACGUCAGCUGCAGGGACCUGGACUACUCGACGACCGAUGCCGGCAUCAAGUUCAGGAAGUGCUUGGACUGCUUACAGCACAGCAACAAAGUUGAAAAGACCGAGUCGGACCUGAGGUGGUACAUAUAUAACUUGCGAUAUACCUUGACCACGUGCAUGUACGGCGCCCCCAAGACGGCCAAGAACGGAACCGUGGCAACGCAAUGCAAUACAGACAAGGCCUGCAAGGCCAUGAAGGAGCCUUUGAUCGAGCCAGGCUUCAACGGAACCCCAGACACCACAUGGGACUAUUGCACAGCGAACAACGGUGCCUUCAUGGGACCCAACCUCUCGCCAUGUAUAAGCUGUCUCCAGGCCACCGAGGGCCAGGUUUAUCUCUCCAACUUCCUAAUUGCGCUUCAGGCGGGCUGCAAACAAGCUCCCGAGGAUGGCACGCUUCUCUGUCUCAGCGGAAGCGUCUUCGCCACCUCCCCCGUCAACAUCACGGACCUUUCCGCCAACGCCCAAGGGAUCCAAUCCAGUGGCGGCCUCCCCCCCAGUGCCAUCGCUGGCAUCGCCAUAGGCGUGUUCCUCAUAUUCAUCCUCGCCGUCGCCCUCCUCAUAGUUCACUUCCGCCGCGAACGCUCCUGGGAUGAAUGGGAACAGACCUGCUACUACUCCAAGUUCCCCCCUCCAGCCGCCCACCCAGAACAGUCCGUGUCGCAGGCCUACCGCCGCUACUACACCGGCAACGCCUUCAGCGAGAAGACGCGCCCGCCGCAGCCCAACUCGAGCGGCGAACACUACGACCGCGUGGAAGCAGAGCUCGCCGCCGCAAGCCAAAAGAAGCGAGUCAACCCGGCACCGCGCAGCCACGUCCCAUCCAGCCCUACCAUCCAGAGCCACGACACCUCAGCCGCCGGCAACGUCUGCCGCCCCCGCUCAUUCCGCAACGCCACACCUACACGGACGCCCUCGCCGCCGGCAGACACCCACGCCCACCGCAGGCCAAACACACCAGACUCGUUUGCAUUGCAGGCCUAUCUCGAUGCCGCCGAGGAUUCCGCCCGGUUGGCGGCCCGAAAACCCCUCCAUCCUACCAGCUGCGCCGCGGAUUCCCGGGGCAAGAGAGUCUCGGCCCUCUCAGCCCCUUACUUGCCGCAUAUGCCCAGGCUUCGAAUACCCAAGAUAUUUGCCAGCAGGAGGGGAUCCAAGGGCGUGCGCGAGAUGCAAAUCUCGCCUCCGCUGAUGACAAACGAUCCGAGAUUUCACGAUAUACCCAUGACUGGGCCGACGGCCGUGUCGAGAGACCCAGCGCCGCCCUCGUUGGUCAACGCUGGCAGGCGAGAUAGCUACGUGGAGGUUCCUUUAAGUGGCAAGAGCACCUUGUACGGCUACUGA